AUGAACUGUCAUAUUUAUUUAUUUUUCUUAUGUUUCUCAGUAUUUCUGAUUUCUGAAGUCCUUGCUGACUGUGACUAUGUUAACACCAGCGGUUGCAAAUGUAAUACGAACGAUGCUAUUGGUGGUCUCAAAUGUGGCUAUGAACUGAAUAAUCAUUGCCUCCCUGAUCCUUCUUCUAUUUUUCAAUGCAACCCCGGGGGUACUCAAAAUUGUCGAUAUGGUUCUUGUACAUAUGGUUGUUGUGGGACUGGUGACGGCCAUAGUUACUGUUGCAAGGACAGCACAUGUUCUGGAUGCCCCCCUGGACAUUGGUACAAGAAAAAAGAAACAUCUACAUCGGUGCCAUCAUCAUCUAGUCCACCUCCUACGACAACCACCACGGAUUGCAAUAAUCCUGCACCAAACUCAUGCAGUUUUUAUACGAGCUGCUUAGAGAAUAAAUUUCAUUGCGGACCCAUGGGAUAUCCAAUCAAUUAUGGAGACAAGAAUUGUAGAAAAUUUAUCAAUGCUAUGAACAAGUUCAGUUCCGCUGGAAAGAAGUGGGUAACCGACACAAUGCUUUGUCUCCAAAAGGCGUUAAUAUCAACUUAUAAAAAUAACAAAACUACUUGCUCAGAAAUAAGUAAUACGGCAUUCAAUUCUCAUGCGUCAUGUUAUAUUACUUCUGGUGUAUGUUUUCUUCCACCGACUGAUUGGGGUGUCAUAUUCGAAACCGUCAGUCUCAAAGAUAUAUUUGGAAGCAAGCAGGCCUUUACACAAGCAUUGGAAACCGCAAGUCAUUUGACAUUACUGGGACACCCGAGUGGACCUGGAUAUGUUUUGCGCCUUUGGACUGGGCGUGAACAUGACAAAUUUGGGUUCAAUGUAACUCAAGACAUUAAGCAAAUUUUUCCUGGAAUGCCACGCACACAUGUGACUAGUGCAUGUACUAACUGCCAAAAGAGACGCGGUAGAUGCUCUGGAACUCCCUGUACAAGCUGCGUAAAGCGCGGCCUUAAUUGUGUAUUUAAGCCCGGUAAAAAACGCGGUCCAAAACCAAAGAAUGAGGUGGUGGCCGAUGCAACUUUAUUUACUCAAAAACAAGAAUAUGAUCCUGGCCCAUACGUGAGCGAUAAUCAACAAUUGUGUAAUGGAAUCAUAAAUUCUAUGCAAAAAAAUGUUCGUACUACAUCAACCGAAUAUUUGAAUUAUUUAAAUCAAGAACAACAACUAUAUAAUAAUAGUACUAUUACUCCAGAAGUUAUCGACCGUUUUCAAGCUGAUAAUGCUAUGAUAAAUAGCCAUAAUGCUAGGUUUAAUCAUGAAUCCACUAUGGUACUGUCUGAUUUAUAUUUUUUCCCUUUUAUAGGAGAUCGUUUAGAACACUCCGAGUAUCAGCAUGAUAAUUUAAGCUUAGCAUACAAUAGUGGUACUAUUACUCAAGAAAUCUUCGACCCUUUUCGAGUUGAUAAUGCUAUGAUAAAUAGCCAGAAUGCAGGAUUUAAUCAUGAAUCCAUUAUGGCACUACCUGAUUUAUAUUUUGUCCCUUUUAUAGGAGAUCGUUUAGAACAUUCAGAGUAUCAGCAUGAUAACUUAAGCUUAGCAUACAAUAGUGAUCAUAACUACGUAGCUCCUAAUUUCAAUCCUAAUAGAGGACAUUCCCACUAA